AUAACCUUUAAAAAACCUCUCUUUUCCUCUCUUCUUCACUGCUAUCAAAUCUUUUUCUCUCAUGGCGUCUCAGAAUUUGACGGAGUAUGAACGUAGAAGACUUGAGAAUAUAAAGAGAAAUGCUGAAAUGGUGGCCGCCCUCAAGAUCCACUCCAAAGCCACCGCACUUUCCGCCACUACCAAACGCCAAAGGGCUAAAACGUAUAAAGUGAGUCCAGUGAAGAAACCCAAGACGGAGACCCCAAUUGUAAUCCGACGAUCAUUAAGAACAAGAGGCAUGCCACCAGAUACAAAGGGUUUGGCUGAUGAUUUUUGUGAAAAUUUUGAAAAAACCCCAAAAUCUGUUAGCCCUUUAAAGCCCCAAUCGCCGCGUGUUUUGGGUCCUAUUAGUAUGAGAGAUGCUUUUAGUGGAGAUGAAAUGGAGUCCAAUCAAGUGCUGGUUGAGACAAUUUUGAGUAUUGCAAAGAAGACCCAAGUUGGUGUUUCAGCUAAGGAAGAGUUUGCUGGUGUUAAGGAUGCUAAAGAGGAGAAUUUGAGUGAUUUUAAUGAAAAAGGAAAACCGGUAUCUUGCGAAAGAGAGGUUUUGGAAUGUCCAGUUAAGGAAGAGAAACUUAAAGAAGAGUUGAAUGAAAAUUUGAGUGGAAAAAGCAAGCUGGUUUCUUGUGGCUUAGUUGAGGGUGUGGUUAAAAGUGAGUAUUUGGAUGGUUCAGUUAAGAUUGAGAAGAUUGAUCCCUGGCUUGAAUCAAUGGAUUUGAAACCAGAGAAUGUAGCACGGCUUUUGCCUGGAAGGAUUAUGGUGGUUAAGUUUUUCCCUUGCAGCAGUAUGAGGAUGAUUGCAGCGGGGAACAAAUUUGGGAAUAUUGCAUUUUGGAAUGUGGAUUGUGAGGAUGAACAAGAAGAUGGGAUAUAUCUUUAUCGCCCACAUACUGCUCCUGUUUCUGGGAUUUUGAUUCAGCAAUAUUCAAUGUCAAAGAUCUUUACUAGCUGCUAUGAUGGUUUUAUUCGACUAAUGGAUGCUGAGAAGGAAGUGUUUGAUCUAGUGCAUUCCUGUGAUGAUAAUAUAUUUUGCCUCUCUCAACAGCCUAAUAAUUUCACAAGCUUAUAUUUUGGUGAGGGCCGUGGAGGAUUGAACAUCUGGGAUAUUCGGACGGGGAAGUCCAGCAAAACCUGGAUGUUGCAUGAAGACAGGAUCAACACCAUAGACUUCAACUCACAGAACUCCAACAUUAUGGCAACCAGUUCCACGGAUGGAACUGCUUGCAUUUGGGAUUUAAGGAGUAUGAGUGCACAUAAAACCAAAACCUUAAAGACUGUGAGCCAUAGUAGGGCUGUUCAUUCUGCUUACUUCUCACCCUCUGGAAGCUCUCUUGCAACAACUAGUUUUGACAACAAGAUUGGUAUAAUAAGUGGAGUCACUUUCGAGGGCAUUUCUAUGAUAUACCAUGAUAAUUGGACAGGAAGGUGGCUUUCUUCUUUCAGAGCAAUAUGGGGGUGGGAUGAUUCAUACAUCUUCAUUGGCAACAUGAAAAGGGGUGUUGAUGUCAUCUCUCCUGCUCAAAGAAGAACCGUUAUGACUUUACAGAGUCCAGAAAUGUCUGCAAUUCCCUGCAGAUUUGAUUCACACCCUCAUGAAGUUGGGAUGUUAGCAGGAGCCACCAGUGGGGGUCAAGUUUAUAUGUGGACACCAAGACAAGAAUACUGAUUCUGAGGAAUGAGCUUUUGCACUUAUUAGCUAAUGUUAACAUGUAUGAUUUUGUUAUUGACAAUUAUAUGAAGCAGGGCAAUGUAUUCUACUUCUGGAAAUCCAAAACAGUAAGGAUUGGAUUGAUUUUGGCUUGGCAGAAGGGUUUUAGAAAAGUGGUGUAUGAAUGAGAUGUUAAGUGGGUUAUUGACUUGAUUCAAGCUGUCGAUAUAAAUAUGCAUCUCCUUAGUUGUAUUAUUGGAAUUCUGGAACUUGUAAGUCAUGACUAAUUUUUUCAGUGUGUUUCAUUCAGCUGAUGCAUGGGGUUGGGGAAAAACAAAGGCAAAGCCUAUGCAAGUUGUUAC